AAUGAAAGGAAUUAUUGCUAUCAUUCUUGCAUUGGCUGUGGUCUCAAAUGCCACCAGCACAAAAGAUUAAAUCUUAGCUCUCCUAUAAACAGGAACAAAGGCCAGUGAUGCCAUUGAUACAGUCUUUGGAUUGCUAAAUGAUUUAAAACAAUCUAACAUUGAUGCCUAAUUUGCUGCUGACCAAAAGAACGAAACAGAUGAAUGGGUUGGUGCUUAAACCAUUGAAUAAUUCACUAAAAUUAAGACUCUUAACCAAAAAUUGUUCCAAUAAGCUAUUGAAAAUAGAGCUGAGUAUGAAAACGUACUUUAAUAAACUAAAAACUAUUUGGCAUGGAAUGAAGCUAGAAGAGACUCAAUUGCUGCUAAAAUUGAAACACUUUAAGACAAUUAAUGUUUCUCCAACUAAUUAUUUGUUAAAUCCAUCAAGCACAAUUAAGAAGCUUUGGAAGUCAUUAGACUCCUCAAAUAAGAUGUUGCUGGAUACAUUAUUAAUGGAGAUUCUUUUGAAUUCACAUAAGUUAAAGCCUAAUCAGUUGCUGAAAAAUUGAAGUAAUACAGCAACUUAUUCUAAGAACAUUAAAUCAAAUCAUUCUUAGCACUUGCAUAAGAAGAAUAAGUAAUUAUAAUAAUAUUGUAUUCAUUAGGCAUCAGAAUCAUCUGGACAUGGAUAAACAUUAGCUGAAAAAGUUUUGGGCGUUCUUGAAGGAUUAGAAGCUGAAUUAGCUGCCUCAUUAGAAAAUUUGAAAUAAAAUGAAAUCAAUGCCUCAUGGGAAUUAGCUGGAUGGGUCUCAUUAUCUGAAGCUGAAAUAGCCUCAUUGGAAGUUGAAUAUGAAAGAAAAUAAGUCUUUGCUGAUAGAACUGCCACUGUAAUAUUUAAUUCACUAAUUAAUUCUAGCAAAUCUAAGCUGCCUUAGCAUAAUAAGCUAAAUCAAAGAUCAUCUUAUAAGAAUCUUAAGAUGCUUUAGAUUAAGCAUAAUCUGAUUUGGAAGCAAAGAGAGCUGAUUAUGCUGAAGCCAAAGCCAAAAGAUAAGAAGAGAAUGCCAUCUUGGAUGAAGUAAUCAUAAUGUUCAAGAAAUAAGUUGCCUCCUGGUCUGGAAGAUGAUA